AUGUCUUCUGCCGUCCAGCAAGUCUACUCCCGGGGCAUCUACCACGGCCUACCCACCUUUCCCCACGACGUCAAAGACCUCACCGCCAUCGUGACCGGCGCCAACGGCAUCUCGGGGAACUACAUGCUGCGGGUUCUCUCGCAGGCCCCGCAGCGCUGGAAGCGCAUCAUCUGCCUGAGCCGGCGGCCGCCGCUGCUCGCGGGCGGGCUGCCCCAGAACGCCGAACACAUCGCGGUGGAUUUUCUGAAGACGCCCGAGGAGAUCGCGGCGGUGCUGCGAUCGCACGGCGUCGAUUCGGUCGACCACGUCUUCUUCUUCUCGUACAUCCAGCUGGAGCCCAAGGCGGGCCAGGGCCUGUGGAGCGACGCCGCCGAGAUGGCCCGCGUCAACACGCAGCUCCUGCAGAACUUCCUCGGCGCCCUCGUCCGCGCGCACCUCAAGCCCCGGCGCGUCAUGCUGCAGACGGGCGCGAAAAACUACGGCGUCCACCUCGGCCCGACCAAGCUGCCGCAGGAGGAGUCGGACCCGCGCGUCGAGCUGGAGCCAAACUUCUACUAUCCCCAGGAAGACGCGCUGUUCGAGUACUGCCGCGACCAGGGCGUCGGGUGGAACAUCCUCAUGCCGGGACCAAUUCUCGGGGCCGUCCCGGACGCGGCGAUGAACGCGGCCUUCCCCCUCGCCGUCUACGCCACCGUCUGCCGCCACUUGCAGGCUCCGCUCGAGUUCCCUGCCGACGUGGUGGCGUGGCAGGCGGGCUGCAGCAUGUCGAGCUCCAUGAUGAACGCGUACAUGGAGGAAUGGGCGGUCCUGACGCCCGCGGCGGAGAACCAAAAGUUCAACGCCUGCGACGACAGCGCCUUCACCUGGGAGUCGGCCUGGCCCAGGAUCGCGGGCUGGUACGGGAUCAAAUGGACAGGGCCCGACGACAACGCAGAGUACGUCGCCAGGGAAUCGCGCUUCAACCCGCGAGGCUAUGGUGGAAAAGGUGUAUCACGGCGGAGAUUCACCUUUGCUGAUUGGGCCAAGAGGCAGGACGUGGCACAGGCGUGGAAGGAGAUUGCAGAGCAGAAUGAGCUGCCCCAGAAGGAAUUGAGGGACGUCGACCGCGUGUUCGGGUUUCUGGACGGCACCGUCUGUCGUGCAUCACCCCUGAUAUUCUCGACAGACAAAGCGCGGAAACUGGGCUGGCAUGGUUUCGUCGACUCUACAGAGUCAUUGUUGGAAGUGUUUGAUGACCUGGCCAAGAUAAAGAUGAUACCUCCUGUGCCCAAAGUCGAGGUCAAAUUCAAUUGA